AUGACCACGAUUGCAACCAUCCAAUCCCCACGGACAGACAGCGGUUCAUCAGCCCUUCCUCGAAACGUUCAUGUAGACUUAUUCCAACGAGGACUCGCCAUCUCAGAAUUGGAUUUCAAGGAUAACAGAUACCCAUCCAUUUCUGCUUCCAGAAACCUGCCACGAGCCGCCGCCAUGAUGCAGGCUUCCUCCAAUCGACAACCGUGGGAUGCCACUUCGGAUUCAGUUGAUGGUGUGCAUAAAAUGGAUUCGCCACCAGUCGACAAAGAGGACCAAGGGGCCACACCUGAAAUACUACACGCAGACCAAGCACAGCAGAACCAGAACCCCAAAUCUGACUCUGCUCUUUCUUACGCUCUACCAGCCGGAGCCGCCCGUCGUGUCGUUGAAAGAUACAGUUUGGAUGAUAACACGCAGUCUUUGUCCAAAGGAGAACCAUCUGAUUUUAAAGAAGUUCAAAACGAUCCGUCAAAGUCUGCACAGGGGUCCGUUACUGCAUCUCAGCAUCCCCUUACACCGCCCCAAUUAGGACAACCAUCAACAAGAGACAUCCCCAUUGCCCUCCUUCCUGCCAACCCUCGAAUAGGUGCAGGACCAAGUAACAGUCCAAAGCCUUCGUCAUCGUACGGCCCCAACAUGGGUAUCACUAUUCCUAUCUCCUCUAGUCCCCGGGCUUUCGCCCAACAUCCCACAUUUAUCACCCCCGCAGCCGCCCCCGAUCCUAUCAAUCCUGUUUUCUCCCCGACGCCCCUCCCUCCUCCUGAAGAGGUUUGCGUGGAAUGUGCCAUGCGUGACCAGGACAUGGCUGAUGUCGAUGUCACCGGUCCUGGCGUUUGGGACCGCGAGAGUAAUGUGCUUUACGAGGAGCUUCUUCGGAGGGAACUAGAAGAAGAAGACGCGGGUGUUGUUUCCACUGACUCGUCAAAACCUCGAGCAAGAGGUGGACGGCUGACAGAACAGAACUUAAAGAUAUGGUUGACAAUGAAUCCUCGAGAACCUGCUGCCCGACAGCAGACAUUAGAUCAGUACAUCAAAUCACAGAGAACAUUGCUAGAAGCGGAAGCUCUGGCUCAUGCCCGAGCUAUGCAAGAAUCCAUGCAGUUAGAGAGCAAGAUGCGAGAUACGUAUACACAAUUGCGACGCUCUGCCUAUGAACUUGGUAAUAGUUCUACGCCAGUGGAUGACAUUGGUCAUGUACGGAUCAAAGCUCCGCAUUCACCCUCUCCGGCGGGUAACGCGGGCUCACAUGUCCGUGCCCAGUCGCGAGAAUUGACUCUCUUGGAGAAUGGAAUGAUCGUAGAACAUGUUGAUGUUCGGAAAGAGGAGAAGGAAGAGAGAGAGCGUCGUAAGAAGGAAGAGAAACGUGACAGGAGCCGAGCAAGAAAAGUAUCCCGAGGUUCAAUUAUGGAUGUUACCUCGCUCUACUCCGUGCACAGCCUCGCUCCCCAUACAGAUAGUGGUUUAGGUCUGAUGCCAAACUCACGCUAUUCCGCUAUCAGUUCCAAUAGGCCUACUAGUUCGUUGGCAGGGCCUAUCGAUCGUCAGAGUAGUAUACCACAGGCAUACUCACAGGCAUCCUUUUCUGAUGUUCACAGUCCUGGUUCAGCAUCCCCCCGACGUACUCGCUUUUUCGGAUUCCGAAACUUGAGUUCAGGUUGGAGAAGUCAGGACAGUCUUGCUCCAUCUGGAAUGUCAGGCAGUAUGGUUGAUAUGCAUGUUGCAUUACAAAGAGAAGCCAAUGGUCCGCGAGUGCGUUCACCGGCGGACAGUGGCAUUAGGUUGCCAUCGCAGCGUCAAAGUCAAGUAUGGCCGCCAACGGACGCUUCUGUCGACGAGCGUACAGCAACACCUGAUGACAAGCCGAAGAAGAAGAAAAACGGUCUCAAGAAGAUCUGGAAUCUUGUGAAGGGUUCUUCGAACAAAGAAUCUUCCGAUGUUAGCAGUCGUGCCCGAACACCAGAUAGACAUGAAGAUGAUCUUCCGCUCGCUCCGCCUCCACCGCUGUCAUAUCUGGUUGACCGUGGCCCAGGAGAACAUGUUAACGGCGCACGACAUGCAUCUACGCCCUCGCUCCCUUCAACGACCUCUCCAAGAAAUCCUUUGUCAUCAACAGGUAUGUCGCCUCCAACAGCACCUUCCAGUAUUUUACCCUCGCCUACGUCAUCACGUCCAUCCGGUGCUGAUCGAGAUACAGCAAGUGACGGCAGAAAGCCCAGUGGUCAUACUGAAGACAAGGAGAAUGGCGAGUGGACAGGGGUCGCGGAUGACUCUGCCCGUGUGCCCAGCCCGAAAUUUGUUCAUCCUGUCACAUCUGAACCGGACAUGCGCCAAAAGCUUCAACAAGCUGAUGGUACCGUGAUGCUCAAGCCAGUUGCCCUCAGACCCUACACGCUUUCAAGGGAGAAGUCCUUGCCACCACUCCCAGGUGAACUCAAAAUUCGACCACAAGGAAACUCUACCGAGCCACGGCCGCAGACAUUGUACACAUACGAUGCUCGCCAGGUUGCUGCCAACCAAGGCAUGCACGACCUUGUUCCUCCUCAUGCCCCUUUCCGUACCGAAGCCAGGAGACAAUCUUUCAGUGGUAUCACGUCUCGGCCGAACCUUGGAAUUCAGACACUGCCUAUCACUGGCGGGUAUGAUCACCUGAAAUCUUCAGGUCCUUAUAAUGAAUUUGGAAUUUCAAGGAGGUCACUUGGACGUUUAGAACAUAUUGAUGAGAACCCUUCAGCUCUUCCCACUCCUAGCCACAAACGCAAGAGCAAGUUUGGCUUUGCAGCGCUGUUGGGAAGGAAAACCUCCCCUCCUGAAAUUGUUGUUGCGAGUCCUUUUGGUUCGCAAGAGUUUCCCAAGCUCGCCACACCAUGUUCCGAUGGAAGAGAGGAGAGCCUGGCGACUGGGUAUACCCACUCUGCAUGGCGACACAGCGUUAACACCAAAAUGUCAAUCACUUCUCGCAAAGCUCUCGAAGAGCUCGUUGAUCAGGAUGCCGAAUUUGUUGCUUAUCGUUAUCCUUCUGGUGACCAACGCUUUGACCUAUUGCGAUAACAUCGGAUCGGAUUGUGUGCGCAUCCAUUCAGGUGUUUUUUGUUUGGAUACAUAUUAACCCCACAUUCAUUUCUUCUUUUAUCGUUCUCUCUCUCUCUCUUUCUUUCUUCUUUUUUUUUGUGGUUUCUUUAUGUCAAAAUUCCUGCUGCUUACGUUUCUGUGUUAUGCUUUGCUUACUCACCGCGCAAUAAUUGUUACCAGGACACUACUACUUCCCCUGUUUCAUAUGGCAUUGGACCCAUUUUCGGCACCUCUCAUCUUUUCCCUGUGUUUGUAUUCCACACUCCUUUCCUCCGGUCAUGUAUUUUAUCCGGUUUGGAAGAAAGUAUUCACCCCU